AUGGCACGAGACAUCGAGAAAGACCCAUUGACGCCGCCAGUACCUCCAAUUCCAGCCGAGCACGAUCAAGAAGCAUGGCGGCGUCGGUCAUUGAUGCGACAAUCUUACACAGAGCUGAUCGCGUGCGGCAACAACACGGACCCCCUGCCAACACAAAACCGGCAAAUAGAGCGGAACAUUCGACCUGUCUCGCAGAUCUCAGUCACCUCGACAAUAGACGUACGAAACAGUCGAGUGCAGCUGAAAAAGUCAGGCCAUGACAGAGAUGGAGCGCCGCGCUGGGAGCGUGAUUCGUGCAAUCCUAGAAAUUGGCGGAAGAGGAGGAAGUGGUAUCAGGCUUCAGUGGCAGCAGGCGUCGCCUUUGCGGUCGCUUUCGCAUCUUCGACUGCAGCCUUGUCUUUAGAGGCUUUGCAAUCCAAAUACCAUGGCUCGCAAGUCAUCUCGACAUUGCCACUAUCACUCUUUUUGCUUGGCAUGGCAUCUGGACCUUUGCUGGGAGGCGCUCUUGCUACGCUUGCAGGACGCAAAAUGACAUAUCUAGCUGGCGUUCUUUUCUGUGCCGCUCUGGCCGUCGGGUCCGGCUUCGGCAGAAAUCUACCUGGAAUUACAGUAUGCCACUUGUUGUCUGGGUUGUGCGGUGGAGCAGCCCUAAACCAGAGCUCUGCCACUGUGAUUGACUUGUGGCGGACAGAGAGUAGGUUCCUAGCGGCUCUACUCGUGGACCUGAUGCCGUUACUGGGCGCCGUGGUGGGUGCAGUGGUCAGUGGUUAUGUGACGAGCUACGGCCAUUUCAGAUGGACUCAGUUUGUUGCUGUGUGUGCUCUGGCAGCAUGCGUAUUACCGAUCAUAUUCACCGCGGAGACUUCAAAGGCAAUCAUCCGGCUGAGGAGACAUGGUGUCAGGAACAGACCGUUGUACACCGCGCUCAUCGGCCCUAUCAAGAUGCUCGUGACGAGACCCAAAGCGCUUUUCGUGAGCUUGUCCUCGUCUUACGGAUUGGCCGUUAUCUACGCGAGCUUUAUUGCAUGGCCCAGAGACUUCUCAGCAGUAUACGCCCUCAAUCUCGGAUCACAAGGUUUAGUCUUCGUGAGCAUGAUCUCGGGCUUGAUCAUCGGAGCUGGAGCUUUGCUGUUAUGCAACGCCCUGGCGUACAAUCCACGAGCAGAGACGUGGCAAGCUCAGAGGGCAGCGGAAGCCGAAAAGUUGCGUCGCAGAACUCAGAGAGCCAGCCAUGCUACUAUUACGAGCACCAAGACCAGAAAGAGCGGCACCAGCAACUUCUCUCGGCCGCAGCCACAAGUACCUGCGAUGCCCAAAUGGUCAGAGCCCAGCUCGCCAGCCGGUUCAUUCUCUCCGAGGUUCAUGGGUAAUGUUCAUGUAAUCCGGUCCGACAUGGAUGCAUCAAGCAGAUCACAAUUGUCGCUGGCAAUGGACAUGGAGAAGAACACGUGCCUCGCCAUCGCAGCUUCUCAGUACCUCAACAGCGUGCCAGACAAUUACACGAAGCACAUCCUUCCCGAACGGAUAAUGCUUUUGCUUUGCAAGAACCUGGCUUUCACCGACCUGUGCGCUGCACUGGAGAGCUACGAGCUGCGCUUUGAUAGGGUGAAGCUCGCGAAAGCCCUUGUCGAUGCCAUGCCAGACAUGACGACCUCACAAGACGCUCUGGGCAGAUCAUAUCAGAUGGCAUUGGAGAGUUCAAGAAGCUUGCACCAUGCUGCUGCCGCCGCUGCGCUGGACGAGCCUCUGACCUCACAGUCAAUACCGCGGGAUGCGGUAGCAUCCCUCAAAGUGCCGCUCGCGCCAGCUUCAUGGAGGCUUUGGCCAGCACUUCCAGCUACAGUACUUCAGAGUGCUUCCUUGUUCUUGUUUGGCUGGAGCAUGAAGUCUCACCUACACUGCAUAGUACCAUGCAUUGGCAUGGCAGGUGUCGCCCUUUCAACACUCAUGAUCUUCGUGUCCUCCAACUUGUAUCUGAAGGAGACAUAUGGGAAUACGGAUGGUGAAAGUGCAAUAGCGGCCAGCAUGAUAUUGAGGUACCUGCUGAGCUUCGCCUUUGUCAUGUUUGCUCGACCGCUGUACGAGCAUUUGGCUAUGGGUUGGGCGAGCAGUGUUCUGGCUUUCAUUGGGCUGGUAUUAGGCGCAAUACCUUGGGUUCUGGUCUUGACUACGGCUCGAUCAAGUAAAGAGCGAUGGCGGUGA